AUGGAGCGUCAAGAGAAACAGUUAGACUUCAAAAACAACGAAGUAAAUGAAACCAUCAAUACACUUGGCCUUCUAUGGGAUCCGGUAGAGGAUUGCUUUGCUUUUCGAGUGAAUUCUGUAGAGAGUAACUACGAUAAUGUGACGAAAAGACAGGUGAUGUCGGAGAUAGCAAAACUCUUUGAUCCUUUGGAACUUCUUGGUGCUAUAAUAGUUAUCGCUAAAAUUAUAAUGCAAGACCUUUGGCGUGAAGGUUUAGCUUGGGACGAAAAAUUAACUGAUGAUCAACUGAUUAUGUGGAAACGUUUGAGAGAUGAUUUACCAGAGAUUGCAAAGAUGAGAAUUCCGAGACUAGUGAAGGUACAUUCUGCAUUUCGAUACGAAAUACACGGUUUCUCCGAUGCAUCGAUGAAAGCCUACGGCUGUUGUAUAUAUUUGAGGAACGUGAGGCCAGACGGUUCGGCUGAACUCCAUUUGCUGUGUGGAAAAUCUCGGGUAACACCAAUAAAAGAGACAAAGAGACAACCUGGAAACGAGUUAAAUCCAGGAGAAAUGACAAUGCCACGUUUGGAGCUGUGCGCUGCCAAAUUGUUGGCUGAGCAAGUCGCUGUUGUACUUGCAGCAUUGGAGGUUGAGGUGGAUCGUGUUGUGUUGUGGUCAGAUUCACAAAUCGUACUUUCCUGGAUUGAGAAUAUGAAACCUGAUGUGCCGGUUUUCUCAGAUGAUCCUCACGAUUAUCGAGCGCUUAGCCCUGGACAUUUCCUUAUAGGACGCGAAUUGAAUGCUGUUGCGGAACCUCUGUACGACGAUAUAAAGGAAAACUCGCUCUCUAGAUAUCAAUUGAUUCAGAAGCGGAAACAAUCCUUCUGGAAGCGUUGGUCUAAUGACUAUUUGACGGAGCUUCAGCGGCGAUAUAAGUGGAAUAAGACACCUACAGCUGUUCGUAAUGGCAUGAUGGUUCUUUUGAAAGAAGAGAAUACUCCUCCUCAGAGUUGGCAUCUUGGACGAGUCGUCAGUGUGAAUCCAGGGUAG